AUGUCUUCAGAGAGGAUAACCAUCUAUCACAAUGGACCUUCGACUCCCGGUGUGCACGUCCGAGACGAAUCAGACAGUCAAGAUCCGCCACCCGAAUACACAUAUCCCGAUUUACCUACCGAUGGGACGAUCCCGCCUGGCCGCGUCAACACCCCCUUCUCAAACUUACCGGCAACGGAAAGAUUAGUCAGACGACAGGUUCCGAUCAUCGCCAUUUCAUCAGGGUCUCCCGGAGUGCCAAUCUACAUGGUGUGCUUCCUGCUGGUCAUUUGUUUGUUGGCCUACCAUCUGGUUUCACUAUGUAUGGCCAUCUACCCUUGA